AUGGGAAUCGCAGAGACGCCCCAGGCGGAGACGAGCGGCGUCUGGCUCGACGAAGCUGGAAAUGGCCUUAAACCUACAGAUGCCCGAAAACGGAAAAGGAAAGUCCUGGGAACUUUCACCGUCAGCACCUGGGAAGAGGGGCGGCCAACGCGUCGGUCCCGGUUGUGCCCCUUCACUACUACCGAGAACAAGGGAGAUGGCGGGGAGAGGACACGAAGCGGCGGGGAACGAUGUGGCGCUUCGGAUCAUCUUCUGAGACCCGAACAAUUCUCUCCUCGGCCUCCGGAGUCUGUCCAGCCGCUUCUCGGUAAACUUGGACGGACGAACAAGCCGGAUGAACUCAGCGGGUCGGGCGGAAAGAAGCAGUCCUCGCCGCGGUCUCCGCACCCUUCCCGGAACGCGGUGGGCGGAAAGGCGGCCAAGCGUGUUGCACGGCCGUCUCAGGACUUCGGACAGCGAGCAGGAGAGGCCCUUCGGUGUUGCUGGGCAGAGGGAUCUCGGGAUCCAGUUUCGCCGCUCCUUCUGAAGCUGGUUCAGAAGGCCGCUGGGAUGCUCCCCUCUAUGAGUCAAGGCACGGAGUUCAAAACUGAGGAGGACAUGUUGAAGCUUUAUACUACUCUGAACAUCCUCUCCACAUCCACUCUGUCAAAGUCUUUCACUUUCAAUUCCUCAAUGUCUUUUACAACCGAAGACUAUGACGAAUUAAAUGUCAGUAGUAUGGAUCUUUCCGGCUUUCCUUCAGUCUGCGAGAAGAGCGAGGUGCAGGCGAUGGUCAGCCUGCUGCAGCCUUGCAUUUUCUCUCUGGUCUUCAUUCUGGGCGUGCUGGGUAACGGCCUGGUGCUGGUGACGUACCUCCACCACCAGCGCCUGCUGGCCAUGACGGACGUGUACCUUCUGAACCUGGCCAGCGCCGACCUCCUCUUCGUCUUCAGCCUCCCGCUGCUGGCGGCCAGCUCGCGGGUAGGCUGGGUGUUUGGCACCGUCCUCUGCGUGCUGGUCCGGAUACUGUACAAAGUCAACCUGUACAGCGGCCUCCUGCUGCUGAUGUGCGUUAGCGUCGACCGCUACUUCGCCAUCGUCUGCGCCACCACCGCGCACAGGCUCCGCCUCAGGCACCUGCGGUACAGCCGCCACAUCUGCCUGCUGGUCUGGCUCUCCUCCUUUGUGCUCUGCCUCCCCGAGCUCAUCUACACCAAGGUGGAACGGCACCCCAACGGUGCCACCGACAUCUGCAUGGACAGUUACCCGGAGAACCUGCACGUCCUGAUGCGCGGCGCCACCCAGCUGGUCCAGGCGGUCCUCGGCUUCCUCCUGCCCCUGCUGGUCAUGACCUUCUGCUACUCCGUCAUCAUUAAGACCCUGCUGCAGGCCCGCAACUUCGAGAAGCACAAGGCCAUCCGGGUGGUCCUGGCAGUGGUGCUGGUCUUCGUACUGUCGCAGGCACCCUACAACGCGCUGUUGCUGCUCAAGGCGGUGGGCAGCCGGACCAUGGGCUGCGAGGAGAGCAAGCGCCGGGAUGUGGCCCUGCAGGCCGCCAGCUGCCUGGCCUACACGCGCUGCUGCCUCAACCCCAUCCUCUACGCCUUCGUCGGGGUGAAGUUCCGCAACAACCUGGCCAGGCUGGCGCGCUGCCGGGGCGGGCCCUGGCGGGGAGCGGACGCAUCGGCUGUGAACAGCCAGAGCCGGAUGCUCACGCUGACCGACACCAGCAGCGCCAUGACCGUGUAG